GCCGUGGAGUCUGGAGGUCAUGGAGAAGAAGCCGCUUCCAUGGCUGAACAUGAUCGUUUCAGAGCCAUUCUACCUUUCUCACUUUCUCCUGUUCUUCUCCUAUUUCGUUGUUCGCAGCUCCGCAGCUCAAGUGCUUUCACCUGAAAAUAUUUCUCGUCUCCUUCGUUGGGAAAUUCAAGCAACAUUGGCGAUUACAGUCUAUACUGUCGUCAAGAUGGUCAAAGAGGAGAGUUGGGAAGCUUUCUUUGCAGAUACUCUGUUUUAUGGAAAGGGUUUACUUCUCGGAGUUGCUUUGAUCAUGGACUAUCAUCUAGCUUUCUGUUACUUUGUGGGAUUCUUAGUGCUGUUUGUUUCAACUCAGCAACCAGUUUAUGAUGGAUUAGGUAAUUCAGUCCAGUUGACACCAUUACAGUUGGAAACCUUGUUGACCGAAGGAAACACAUCAAGAUUCUGGCUGGUUGAAUUUCGAGCUUUGUGUACUCCUACUUGCAUACGUUCAAGUCGUUUGUUUCCUGAACUCUCUGUUAUAUAUUCAAACAAGAAUUUAUCUUUUGGUAUAGUGGAUCUUGGGCUCUUCCCAAAUGCAGCAGAAAAAUUUGGAAUAUCCUUGGGAGUGGGCAUGGGCAUGGGCCAACUUCCGACAUAUAUAUUAUUUGACAACGCAGUGGAGGUUGCACGCUUUCCGGAGGUGGAUUUUGAAGCCAAAGCUUCUCGUACUCCCAUUACUAAGAGACUUCUCUGUCGAUAUUUCGAGCUUGAUCGGCAUCUUGUUGAGUAUUUACAUGGCUAAAAAUUUUGGGGGAUUGAAGUGAUGCAGUUACUUAUGCAUGUACACUGAAAAUGGUAAGAAACUAGGUCAGCCACUCCAUGAAAUCCUGUCACCAGGUAAAAUUUGGAGGUGGGUGAUGUUGACUCAAUAGGUGAGGCGCUUGCAGGCAAUUGAAAAUUGAGGUGUAAUG